AUGGGCUUCCUCGAUGCCUUCAAAGUCAAAUCUCCCAAAGAGGCAGAUGUACCUGUAGACAAGACUGAAGACAAGACUGGAGACAAGACUGGAGACAAGACUGGAGACAAGACUGGAGACAAGACUGGAGACAAGACUGGAGACAAGACUGGAGAUAAGACUGAAGACAAAACUGAGCACAGCAACGUGGCACCCAAUGACGACACCCAAUCCCAGUCUGGAGGUCAGAUUUCGAAGCCCUCUAGUGAGAAAGAGAGCACUCUGGUCGAUGAGCCCUUGAGGAGAAACUCAACUCCCAUUGAUGGCAUCGAAAAAGAACUUGCGAGCCGUGACACGCCAACGCCUGUUCAUAACGACUCCAGCAAGGAGCUGGUCCCCAAUGAAUCAUUCGACAAGAAGCCAACACAAGAAGAUAAAAAAGAGGACGGUGAUGCUGAAACGCCGGAGGAAGAAGAAGAAGAAGAAGAAGAAGAAGAAGAAUAUCCAAACGCAUGGAGAUUAUCUCUGAUCAGUAUUGCUCUCUGUCUAUGUGUGUUUUGCGUGGCAUUGGACAACACGAUUAUUGCAACAGCAAUUCCCAAGAUCACUGAUCAAUUCAACUCGCUCAACGAUGUCGGGUGGUAUGGAAGUUCGUAUCUGCUGACAACAUGCGCCGUGUCCCUGAUGUUCGGCAAACUGUACACAUUCUACUCGAUCAAGUGGAUCUAUCUCACCGCGCUCUGCAUUUUCGAGAUCGGUUCGCUGGUUUGCGCUGUCACUCCCACCUCUGUUGGACUCAUCUGCGGCCGAGCAAUCGCCGGGCUUGGGGCAGCUGGUCUUUUCUCGGGUUCUAUCCUCAUCAUCAGCAAGAGUGUACCCCUGGUGAAGCGACCUAUGUAUACGGGUCUCAUUGGCUCCAUGUUUGGCAUUGCCAAUGUAGCUGGCCCUCUUAUGGGAGGCGCCUUCACCGACCACCUCACUUGGCGUUGGUGUUUCUAUAUUAACUUGCCCCUCGGAGGAGUAACUUUCUUCUUCGUGCUUUGCUUCUUCCGAACACCCAAAGCCAUCCUGAAGAAGAACACCCUGAAGGAACAGCUCAAGGAGCUGGACUUGAUCGGUUCCCUCUUUUUCCUGCCCGCUAUCAUCAGCUUGUUGCUUGCCCUGCAGUGGGGGGGCACCAGGUACGCGUGGAGCAGCGGACGCAUUAUCGGCUUAUUUGUGGUCUUUGGCGUUCUCGGUCUCGCCUUCAUUGCCGUCGAGAUUUGGGUCGGGGACCGCGCAACCGUCCCGCCACGCCUGAUCAAGAACCGUAGCAUUUGGGGCUCAGCAUGGUAUGCCCUUGCUCUUGGCGCUGCUUUCUUUGUCCUGACAUUUUAUCUCCCUAUCUGGUUCCAAUCAAUCAAGGGUGCAACCGCCUUGAAAUCAGGCAUCAUGAACCUGCCCAUGAUCAUCGCAGUUGUGGUUGUAUCUAUUCUGGCCGGUGGUCUCGUCACCGCCUGUGGAUACUACACACCCUUUAUGAUCGCCUCUUCCGUCGUCAUGACCAUCGGCGCAGGACUCCUGACGACCUUAGAGACAGAUUCAAACCACUCCAAGUGGAUCGGAUACCAGGCACUCUUUGGUAUCGGUCUGGGUCUGGGCAUGCAGCAGCCUAUGAUUGUCGCCCAGACUGCCCUUAAGCCCGCAGAUAUCCCCAGUGGCACGGCUAUUGUCAUGUUCGCCCAGACUCUUGGUGGCGCUAUCUUCGUCUCGGUCGCACAGAAUGUAUUCCAGAACCAGCUCGUCCGGAACUUGGCGCUGUAUGCACCUAAUGAGGAUGCUCCGAAGCUCAUCUCUGCUGGCGCUACCAUGCUCCGCACCGUUGUUAGUGGCGAUGCACUGCACCGUGUCUUGACUGCCUAUAACGCUGCUGUUGUGAAUACGUUCUACGUCGCUGUCGCCAUGGGCGCGUUGUCGCUCGUUGGACCCAUCUUCGUUGAGUGGUUGUCUGUCAAGGGCAAGAAGAUCGAGAUGGCGGCUGUUUGA